AUGCCUAGCACCCCAAACACUCCGAAAGGGCAAGGGCAUAGCAGACCAUCAUCGACGGAAUUGGACAAGUCUAAGACUUUGAAAUACCAACUUCUGGGGGCUUCUCUCACCAAGGCUGGACAGGAUAAUGUCGAUCAAAGCAAGGUUUCCGAGAUCAUCUACAACGCAUCCAAGGGGUCAAAGUUCUUCAACCGAGAAGAAGCUCGAGACCAGAUUUUGACGCACAAAAUUGAACGAAUUCUUGCCAAGAAGAUUCAAUUGAACAAGAAGGAUCUGACAGCAGAAUUACGAAAUGCUGACCGCAUCAUUAAUGAGAUGGAGCUCUCAAGAGACCUUACUCAGUGCAUUGUCCACAUUGACUGCGAUGCAUUCUACGCGGCUGUGGAACAGUUGGAACGACCGGAGCUGAAAGAUGUCCCAUUUGCGGUAGGAGCCGGAGUCCUCACAACAUGCAACUACGCUGCGCGGCAGUUUGGUUGCCGUUCGGGCAUGGCAGGCUUCGUGGCCAAGAAACUAUGCCCUUCGCUCAUUCUAAUCCGCCCCAACUUCCAGAAAUAUGCUGCCAAAGCCGAAGAAGUACGGGAGAUUCUCGCCGACUAUGAUCCUAGGUUUGAAAGCGCCAGCAUCGACGAAGCCUACUUGAACAUCACCCAGUACUGCCAAGAAAAUAACAUGGGACCCGCCGAGACGGUUGAGCAACUGAGGCGAGAGAUUCACCAGAGAACUGCCAUAACAGUAUCGGCUGGCAUCGCGGCUAAUGCAAAGCUUGCUAAGAUUUGCUCCAACCUGAAUAAACCAAACGGCCAGUACGUGUUGCCUAGCGAUCGCGCAUGCAUCAUGAGGUUUAUGAGAGAUCUGCCAACACGAAAAGUAAAUGGCAUCGGUCGCGUAUUGGAGCGCGAGCUCUCGGAGAUUGGCGUCAACACCUGUGGGGAUAUCUAUCAGCAACGCGAAUACUUGAACGCGUUGUUCGGGCGAAAGACGUUUGAUUUCUUGAUUGGCUGCUGCCUAGGUCUGGGUCGCACGAGAAUCCAACCAGCUGCAGAGUACGAGCGCAAAAGCGUGGGUACUGAAAGCACGUUUCGAGAUAUGUCAGACUCUGUCGAGCUACGGGAAAAACUACGGUGGACGGCCGAGGAGCUGGAAAGAGACAUGAAACGGAUCCGGUGUAAAGGCAGGACCUUGUGUCUCAAAGUAAAACUGCACACGUUUGAGGUUCUCACGAGGCAGAUUGCAACACCCAAGUUGGUGUCUCGGGCUGAUGACCUGUAUUCCUUUUCCUUGCCGAUGCUCACCAAGCUUGAGCAGGAAAUUCCAGGCAUGAAGCUGAGGCUCAUGGGCUUGAGGUGUACGCACUUGGUCAGCUCGGAGAAACCUGACGCCAUGGCAUUCUUUGGCUUCAAAGCGGGAAAAGGAGACGUUGACGCAGUCCCGGACUACACGAAUCAGGAUAGCUUGGCGGGAGGGUCCGAUUCCAACGGUCCGCAUGACGAAAUAAGUCAUCAAGUCCAGCUGCAUAAAGGUUUAUCCGCCCAGGACGUUGACGCACAAGGCCUAAACGAUGGUCUACCUGGUAGACAUGGCAGGGAAGUGGUGCCAGACGGGCAGGAACAUGGAAGCCCAAAGGCGGCGGAGGCAUGGUGGGACUGCCCGGUCUGUCUUCGGCCCCAGGAAGCGAACCAAAAAGCAUUCAACGGCCACAUCGAUUCGUGUCUUUCGAGACAGGCGAUCCGCGACGCGGUCCAAGGGCAGGAGACGCGGGAUCCGCAACUGAGGCAGCUCGAACCGAGGAGGCAGCAGGUACAUGACAAGAAACGAGGCCGAGCCGCACAGCUGGACCGAAAACAGAAAAAACUCUCGUUUCGAUGA